AUGAACUUAGAGGAGGAGGGUUUCACUACCACUGUUUUAUGUUCAGAGGUGCUUCCUACAACUUCGAUAAGCUACCAAGACGCUAGGAAAAUAAAAAAGUACUUGAAGUCAACUAAAUCACCUGUUGUCACCAUCACGGAGAUUCAUACUUUAGUUGGUGUUGAUGCACCCCCUUGUGUUGCUUCUUUCUCAUCUAGGGGACCUAUCAGCAAGUUUAGCCCAAACCUAAUUAAGCCGGACAUCAUCGCCCCGGGGGUUAACAUUGUUGGAGCGUCUUUAGACGCCUCAAAGUUUGUUGUGAUGUCGGGGACUUCGAUGGCAUGCCCGAUGGUAACGGGAUUAGCUGCGCUACUUAAAGAAGCUCACCCCGAAUGGUCACCGGCCAUGAUCAAAUCAGCACUAAUGACGACAUCUGACAUGCUUAAUUCGAGCGGUGAGCCCAUUCUAGACCAACAAAAAGAAAAUGCACAGAUUUUGUCCCUAGGUUGUGGUCAUGUUAACCCGUUGAAGAUGUUCAAUCCCGGAUUAGUGUAUGAUAUUCACCCCGAUGACUACAUUGGAUACUUCUUUGGUUUAGGAUACGGGCGUAAACGAGUAUCCAAAAUAGUGGGUAUGAAUCAUAUAACACAAUCCCAAGAAAUUGAUGCCGCCGAGUUGAACCUUCCAUCCCUCAUGUUUAAGUUACAAGUGGGUGAAAAACGAACUUUUAAAAGAGUAGUAACAAACGUAGGGGAGGCAAACUCAACAUACGUCUUGAUAGUCAACUCGUUGCCACAAGGGGUUAUGCUGAAUGUUCAACCAAACAAAUUACAAUUCUCACGGUUGAACGAGAAGACAUCCUACAAUAUGUCUUUCACACGACAAGACGAAGUUGAAGAAGGCGUGAAGGCCGGAGAAGGAUCGAUAACAUGGAUGUCUAGCAAACAUUCUGUUAGAACUCCUUUUCUUAUCGAGUUUGAUUGA